AAAUGCAGCAACCAACGUUGUCUUCGAGGAUCAGAGAAUCGGCGGCAGGACUAACAAAAGAUAUACUUUCGAACAACGGCGGUCAUGGCGCUUUGGAAACGACAAACCAGCUCGCAACGCUGAGAAGUGCUCAUAAACUCUCUUCCACUACAUCACGUGGAACAUCAUCGUCGACACAUUUGCCUAGACUAUUGAGUUACCGAGAGCAUACUGUAAAUGGAUCCUUGCGGGACACACCCCUUCAUUUUGGCCUCAAUACGGCUACGGAUGUUGACGCAGAACUUUCUGGUUUUUUGUUGCAAGAAUGCAACAUGAAAGACGCGAGUGCAUCGAGCUCACGAUCUGGAUCAACCUUGAACCUAUCACUGGUUAAUGGAGAUGAUAACGAGCCGUGGCAGAGAGAUCAACUUAGGAGAAACGACAGCUUUGAGCCUGAACUAUCCAGGUCGAAACAAAAGUCACCGGCAGAGUUACGGUAUUCGGCGGACGAGCUAUCGCAGCAGAGUAUCGACCGUGAAGACUCGGAACAUCAUUCGAUAGAUUGGGACGGCCAUCUUGAACAGUCCUUCUCCAAGGCGAACGAGGUCAACUUCCAAGAGCUGUCUACAAGGCAACACAUCAGCGCAAACACAAUUAGAAAUACCUACCAUACGGAAUCGCAACGGCGGAAAGAAAGGGCCCUCAGUAGGCUACACCUUAUCUUCUCGCAAAUGCCUGCCGUAACACAGCCCCAGAAUACUGCUGGGCAGAGGCAGGCAGACUCACUCGAGUCAUCUUAUAACCAACUCUGUGGAGGAGAAGACGCGCAGGAGUGGGCCGAGUUCGAGGCGUCGUUGUUUCGUACUUACAGUGGUCAAACGCAAGCCCUCGGACAGGAUCUCUUGCAAAGACAGCAUCACGAACAGGAUUCGGCCAUGAUCACAGGGAGGCAAGCACCAAUAGGUGACAGCCUCCAUGAAAAUCAUAUGUUGCAACGUUUGGAGCCGUCAAGGGAGGCUUUACUACAGCAGAAACAAGCACUGACAAACAAAGGUGGAGAGCAGUCNAAGAAUGAGGAAUCCAUGGUCGAGUUUCAUUGCCCAUGGAUUGACUGUAAUAGCAUGUGUGCCGACUACAUUCGGAACACCGAUGACCCGGACUCUCUCCCAUGUGCGCAUACCGGUUGUGAGCUCGAGUUCGCUACUGAAGAAGUGUGGCGCAAGCACGUUUCUAUUGCUCACCACAAUUUGCUUCCUAGACCUCAGCCGACCGGUGAAAUCGAUAUGGAAGCUGCUUGGGAGAAAAUCCAGGCC